AUGUUCCGUGCCUCGCUCCGUACUGUGCCCCGCGUGCUGAACGCCCGCUCAUUCUCGUCGACGCCAUCGGCUGCGCUCUCGCGCGUGACCUUGAUUGGUCGCCUCGUGGCGUCGCCAGAGGUGCGCGAGAGCCGCAACGGCAAGGAGUACCUGCGCUACGUGAUCGCGACCAACGACAUGCCUGGCCCGCCCAAUGAGGACGGCACGCCCGCUGCUCCUACCUCGUCGUUCCACUCGAUUUUUGCGUUUGGCGAAUCCACCGUGAACCGCCUGCGCGAUGUGCCGAAGGGCUCGCUCAUGUUCGUCGAGGGCGACUUCCGCGUCGUGCGCACGCCCGGUGACGAGAACUUGCCGCCACAGGACCAGUGGCUCGUGCAGCACCGCAACUACCGCGUGCUCAUGCGCCCCCGGAGCGAGUAA